AUGAACAUCAAUCUCUCAGCUCUUCUCCUUCUCCUUCUCCUCUGUCAAUUCCCACUCCUAUUACAAAGCUGCUACCUAGAUGAAAGAGCUGCUCUCCUCAGCUUCAAAUCCACUCUCACAGACCCGUCUGGUCGCUUGUCUUCGUGGCGAGGCCAAAACUGCUGCAAUUGGCAUGGAAUCGGCUGUUCCUCCUCCUCCCAUGUUGUCUCGAUCGACCUGCGGAACCCCACACCAGGCAAUCUCGCGCGGGCAGUUGAUUCAAGGGUCAUCCUCGUCUCUGACCCCAAAUACAAACCAAUCAAUGGUACAAUCUCUCCUUCCCUCUUCACUCUUCGCCAUCUCCAAUACCUUGAUCUUAGCUUCAACAAUUUCCAAUUCUCGAAAAUACCCCAUCAAUUCACAAAUCUGAAGAACCUUGUAUACCUCAACCUCUCGAAUUCGAUGUUCUCAGACUCCAUCAAAACUCAAUUUUCCAAUCUCUCUUCCUUAAAAUCCCUCGACCUUUCGUGUUCUUCUUUGAUCUUUGACCUCUCAUAUUUUUCCUAUAACUUGUCUUCUCAAAAGAGUUCCAUGAAUUCCAAGUUUUCUUACAUAUCCAAUGGCAAUAUUUCUUGUGGGAAUUUGAAUUGGCUCCAAGGAAUGGUCAAUCUCAAGGAGCUUGUAUUGAAUGGUGUUGAUCUAUCAGCAGCAACUUCUGCGACGAAUUGGGCGGAACCCAUUUCACAUAUUUACAAUCUUCAACAGCUUCACCUAUCAGAUUGUGGAAUUUCUGGUCCAAUUCCGGUAUAUCAAUUAAUCAACCUCACACAUCUAUCUUCUCUGCAUAUGGGUUUUAAUUUUCUUGUCUCUCCCAUCCCAAUUCAACUAGCUAAUCUCACAUCACUUUCCUCACUUGAUCUCACUAACUCCCAUCUCCAUGGUCCCAUCACAUACUUCCCACAAUUACAAGAACUCUAUGUCGAUGACAACCCCGAUGUCUCAGUCAAUCUCAGUUCUAUUUUUUCUCUCCCAAGGCAACAAUUACGAACACUUUCAAUUCGAUACACCAAUGUCAUCGGGUUGAUCCCACCUUCAAUUUCAAAUGCCUCUUUGUUGGUCUCUCUCGCCAUAUCAGGCUGUUCCAUUGAAGGGACCAUUCCAACUUCCAUAACAAAUCUUUCUAAUUUACACUAUCUAGACAUUUCUUUCAAUAGUCUAACGGGUUACCUUCCAUCUUCGUUGUCUAGCCUUAAAAACUUGGAAGUCCUACUCACAUCUGAAAACUUGUUAACAGGACCGAUCCCGGAUUCCAUAUGUGAAAUUGCAGCCCUUCAAAAUCUUCAUUUGGGAAGGAAUGGUUUCAAUGGAAGGCUACCCAAUUGCAUCCAUCAGCUUACAGAACUCAAAUCCUUUCACAUUGGAAACAAUUUCAUUGAAGGCACUGUCUCUUCAUUGUUCUCAUUGUUCAGAAAUUCCUCCCCCUUUACGAUUGACCUCAGCUCGAAUGUGGUAACUGUAGAAACAGAUCAAAGCCUAUUUCAAUCCAGCUUCCUGCUGGAGUAUCUAGGCUUGCGUUCAUGCAAUCUGAGAGGGAAAAUUCCAGCUUUCAUUUCUAAUCUAUCACAACUAGCAUUCCUAGAUCUAGCUAACAAUAGCCUAACUGGAACAAUCCCUUCUUGGUUAUCCCAACUCCCCAAACUCUCUUUCUUAGAUCUCUCAUACAACAACCUCCAAGGCGUUGUCCCUCCCUCCCUUCAACUACAUUUCAAUCUCCUACCCACAAUGUUAAACUUAGCAGGCAACAACCUUCAAGGCCCAAUUCCUCUACUGCCCAAGAACGUCGAGGUUCUCGAUCUGUCUCGUAACAAUUUCAGCGUUGAAAUCCCAACCCAAAUUGGGGAAAGACUAUCAGAUGCUAGAUAUAUUUCGUUUUCCAGAAAUAAACUCUCUGGUUCAAUUCCAAGCUCCCUUUGCCGAUCGAACAAUGUUCUUUUAAAGCACCUUGAUCUUUCCAAUAACAGCUUAUCAGGGAAUGUCCCUUUCAGUUUGGGAAACUGUAAAUCUCUCAUUUCUCUAAACCUUGCUUCAAACAACCUCUCUGGAAGCCUCCCAAUUGAACUUGCGUUUGCAGAAAAUCUCAGUUCUUUACAAGUAAAUGACAACCAUUUUAAUGGCCCAUUUCCAAAUUUCAUCCAACACCUCAAAAACUUGGAGAUUUUGAACUUGGGAAAUAACCAAUUUGAAGGAAAGAUCCCCUCCUUUAUCAGUGAGCUCCAGAAUCUUAGAAUCCUCGUGCUAAAAUCAAAUUCUUUCUAUGAUCUGGUCCCAACAGCGUUAACCCAUUUGCAAGAGCUCCAAUUCAUGGAUUUUUCAAACAACCAACUCACAGGUGCGAUCCCGAAAAACUUAGGUGGGCUCAAAACAUUAACUCACCAACCCAAAGAUGGAUUCUUGCUUGGUUACAUGAUUGUGCUUGUGUAUGCGGGCAUUGAAUUGCAGAUGAUGAGCAAGGGGAUGGAGCAUGAGCUUGACUCAGUCUUUUCAUACCACACUGGAAUCGAUCUCUCAAGUAAUUAUUUGGAGGGGAAGAUCCCGAGCGAGAUUGGUCUUCUACAGGGGCUCUACAUGCUCAAUCUAUCACACAACAGGUUUUCUGGUGAAAUCCCCAUGAGUUUCGGCAACAUGAGAGAGUUGGAGUCAUUGGAUCUCAGUUUCAACCAUUUGGUUGGAGCGAUCCCAGGGACACUGACUUCAUUGGACUUUCUUGGGUAUUUGAAUCUUUCUUAUAACAAUUUAAGUGGAGAGGUUCCAGUAGGAUUGCACUUUGAUACAUUGAGUGGAGAUGGGUAUACUUACAUUGGAAAUGCUUUGUUGUGUGGGCCUUCUGUUCAAAGAAGUUGUGAGAUUGGAACCAGUGGUGGUGAUUUUGAAGAGGAGGAAGAAGGUGAGGAUGGGAGAAACAAGUGGUUGUUUUAUGGGAUUGUAGCCUUGGGUUAUGUACUUGGAUUUUGGGUGUCUUUUGGGUUCUUGGCCAUGAGGAGAUAG